ACUUAAUGACCGCACGUUGCAUUGUGUAUUUGAAGCUCUUUGAUAUCUGUGAAGUUUGUAAACAAACAUGGUACCGAUGAGGAGGUUAUGGGCACUUGUGGUGGCCAACAAUCGACGCAGUUUUACUUCCCAAGCUUUGCCGAAGACGUUGGAAAGUGUUAGUGUAGAGGAGAAUAAACCUCAACUUUCACCGCUGGAACAUCCAGAUUACUUUCAUGUACAUGAUUUGUUUACCGUGCGUGAUUUAUUUAAUGCUAGGGUGCAUCUCGGCCACAAAGAAGGAUCCUUGGACGAAAGAAUGAAGCCGUUCAUUUUCGGAUCACGGCUUGGGCAUCUUAUUUUCGACCUGGACAUUACUGCCUACCAUCUACGUCAAGCACUGAACUUUGCAGCUCAUGUGGCCUACAGAGAUGGCAUAAUUUUAUUCAUUUGUCGUGGGGCACAGAAUGCUCAUCUAGUGGAACGAACAGCAAAGGAGUGCAAAGAGUUCGCUCAUACGCGAUUUUGGAGAGGUGGUGUUCUAACAAAUUCAACCUUUCAGUUUGGUGCUGUUACUCGUUUACCUGAUUUGUGUAUUUUCCUGAACACACUGAACAAUAUUCUCACCGAGCACACAGCAGUUAGAGAUUGCGCCAAAAUGACUAUCCCGACGAUUGGUAUUGUGGACACAAAUUGUAACCCAAAUUUGAUUACAUAUCCAGUGCCAGGAAAUGAUGACACCCCCUGUGCAAUGAAAUUAUACUGCAAAUUAUUUAAAGAAGCGAUUUUAAGAGGAAAAAAGGCAAGGGAGGACCACCUAAAAGGGACGGUCUGAAACAAGCUAUAAAUUUUCUGUAUAUCGUUGCCUUAAACUUUAUUUGUAUUGUAUUUGUCAAAACCUCUUUUUGCUGUAUCGUUUUCUUGUAAGGAAGUACCUACUUACACCUUGUGGUUAUACCAUGAACCAUUUAUAGUAGCAGCAUGUCUAUCCUGUGAAAAACAUUAGAAAAUUAAAGAGUUUAGUGACAUAAAUUCUCUUGUAAA